CGUGGAUGGGGGGUAGACGGAGGCGCAUACCGACCGACGAGCCGCUCGCCUUCCACCAAGCGCUGUGAAAAUGACUCUUUUCCAUCUUCCCUGAGCAAACCGACGGGAUUUUGUCGGAGAGCGAAAGUGAUGGAAAAGUUGCGCUGAUUUUUUUUUUUUCCCUCUUCUGCUUCGUGGAUCCGGCGGAUGAAGUUUCCGAUCUUCAGUGACAGAUCCAGAAGUGCGCAGAGAUAAUGUGACUGCGAGGAAACGACACAUCGCACACUUUUUUUUUUCAGUUUGGGCUUCCACAACUUGGAUUUCAGGCUCCGGGAUGUUUUGAGACGUUCAACUUUCCUCCUGGAAUUUCGGAGCCGUCCCUCACUUCUUGUUUGAUUCCCACUUGGAGACGGCUCUCUCUCUGGAUCAGUUCAGUUCUAGCAUGAAGGAGCGGGUGCCCGGACAGCUCACUGAAUAAUCUGGAUUACACGAGAAAUCUAAAUAAUGUCUCCGGCUUCUAUUGGAUUUGUAGUUUUCAUAGGAAUUCUCCAUGCGUGCUCAGGAUCCCGCCUUCGACAAGAAGAUACACCGCCCAGGAUUGUGGAACACCCGUCCGACCUGAUUGUUUCUAAAGGGGAACCUGCCACCCUCAACUGCAAGGCAGAAGGUAGACCGACCCCUACGGUGGAGUGGUACAAGGAUGGCGAGAGAGUGGAAACCGACAGGGACAAUCCCAGAUCCCAACGCAUGCUGCUCCCCAGCGGCUCCCUUUUCUUUCUGCGCAUCGUUCAUGGAAGGAGGAGUAAACCGGACGAAGGCUCGUACGUGUGCGUCGCUCGUAACUACCUGGGAGAAGCAGUGAGCCACAAUGCCUCGCUGGAAGUAGCCAUUCUCCGCGAUGACUUCCGGCAAAACCCAGCAGAUGUGAUCGUAGCAGCUGGAGAACCGGCCGUGCUGGAGUGUCAGCCUCCUCGCGGCCACCCUGAACCCACCAUAUCCUGGAAAAAAGACGGCAUGACCGUCGACGAUCGCGAGGAGCGCAUCACCAUUCGAGGUGGGAAGUUGAUGAUCACCAACGCGAGAAAGAGCGACGCCGGGAAGUACGUAUGUGUGGGCACCAACAUGGUCGGCGAGCGGGAGAGUGAAGUAGCUGAACUCACAGUCCUCGAACGCCCAAGCUUUGUCCGACGUCCGAGCAGCCAGGUCUUGCUAGUUGACCAGAGUGUUGAGUUCAGAUGUGAGGCCCGUGGUGACCCUGUUCCCACUGUACGCUGGCGGAAAGAUGAUGGCGACCUGCCCAAAGGAAGAUACGAAAUUCGUGAAGACCACACCCUGAAGAUCCGUCGUCUGACCUCAGCCGAUGUCGGCUCCUACACCUGCAUGGCUGAGAAUAUGGUGGGCAAGGCGGAAGCGUCGGCCACCCUCACCGUCCACGUGCCCCCAGCUUUCGUGGUGAGACCGAGGAACCAGGUGGUCGGUGUUGGAAGGACGGUCACCUUCCAGUGCGAAGCCACAGGGAAUCCACAGCCGGCCAUAUUCUGGCAGCGAGAAGGAAGCCAGAACCUGCUGUUCUCCUACCAACCUCCUCAGCCGUCCAGUCGCUUCUCGGUUACCCAGACUGGCGAUCUGACCAUCACAGAUGCGGAGCGCUCAGAUAUGGGCUACUACAGCUGCCAGGCCCUCAACAUCGCAGGCAGCGUCAUCACCAAAGCGCUGCUGGAGGUCACAGAUGUUGUGUCCGACCGCCCACCGCCCAUUAUCCGGCAGGGGCCGACCAAUCAGACGGUGGCCGUGGACGGCACCGUGUCUUUUAGCUGUGUCGCGACAGGGAAUCCCGUCCCAACGAUACUCUGGAGGAAGGAUGGAGUGCUGGUGUCCACACAUGACUCCCGGGUCAAGCAGCUGGACUCGGGUGCGCUGCAGAUCCGCUAUGCAAAGCUUGGUGAUACCGGCAUUUACACCUGCAUCGCCUCCACUCCCAGUGGUGAAGCCUCGUGGAAGGCCUCUUUAGAGGUUCAAGAGUUUGGAGUCCCAGUGCAGCCAAACAGGCCGACUGAUCCAAACCUGAUUCCCAGUGCGCCUCUCAAACCCGAGGUCACCGACGUCUCCCGGACCUCGGUCACCCUCACCUGGAAGCCAAACCUCAAUUCUGGAGCCACGCCCACCUCCUACAUCAUAGAGGCCUUCAGUCAUGCAUCUGGCAGCAGCUGGCAGACUCUGGCCGAGCAUGUGAAAACAGAAUCUUAUGUUCUGAAGGGCUUGAAGCCCAGUGCAGUCUACCUCUUCUUAGUGCGGGCGGCCAACGCCUACGGGCUGAGCGAUCCCAGCCCCAUCACUGAUGCUGUGAAAACGCAAGAUAUCCCUCCAACCAGUCAGGGAGUGGACCAUCGGCAGAUCCAGAGGGAGUUGGGAGAAGUCGUGAUCCAUCUGCACAAUCCAACCAUUCUGUCCUCCUCAUCCGUCCGUGUGCAGUGGACGGUGGAGCAGCAGUCGCAGUACAUCCAGGGCUACAAGGUGAUGUACCGGCCUUCACCAGAGGGGCAGCAGAGGAGCGACUGGGCUGUGUUCGAGGUCCGCACCCCCGGCGAGGACAGCGCUGUCGUGCCACAGCUCCGCAAGGGAGUCACGUACGAAUUCAAAGUCCGCCCCUUCUUCAACGAGUUCCAAGGCACAGACAGCGAUGUCAAAAUUGGCAAGACCCUGGAGGAAGCUCCCAGUGCCCCACCUCGUGAAGUUACAGUGACAGAAAGUGGGGACAAUGGCACCGCCAUCGUGGUCUCCUGGCAACCACCUCCAGAGGAGGAGCAGAAUGGGCUGGUCCAAGAGUACAAGAUCUGGUGUUUGGGCAACGAGAGCAAGUACCACAUCAACCGCACCGUGGACGGCGCGACCCUCUCGGUGCUGAUCCCGAGUCUGGUUCCUGGGAUCCGCUACAGCGUAGAGGUGGCAGCCAGCACCGGGGCCGGCCUUGGGGUGAAGAGCGAAGUGGCUUUCUUCCAGCUGGAUGCUUCGGGUCGGAUGACGGAGGCAGUCAACCACCAGAACCCGCUGUCUCAGCAGAUUUCAGAUGUGGUCAAGCAGCCGGCGUUCAUCGGAGGAAUUGGCGCCGCUUGUUGGAUCAUCCUCAUGGUCUUCUGCAUCUGGCUGUACAGGCACAGGAAGAAGAGGAACGGCCUCUCGAGCAGCUACGCAGGCAUUCGCAAAGUGCCGUCGUUCACCUUCACACCAACAGUGGCGUAUCAGAGAGGAGGAGAAGGAGUGAGCAGUGCUGGAAGGCCUGGUUUGCUGAACAUGGGGGAGUCGGCCACGCAGCCCUGGCUAGCCGACACGUGGCCCAACUCCUGCUCCAACCACAACAACUGCAGCAUCAACUGCUGCGCCGCCGGCAAUGGCAACAGCGACAGCAACCUGGCGACCUACAGCCGCCCAGCCGACUGCAUCGCCAAUUAUAACAACCAGAUGGAAAACAAGCAGACCAACCUGAUGGUUCCGGAGUCCGGGAUCUACGGUGACAUAGACCUGUCCAACAAGAUCAACGAGAUGAAGACCUUCAACAGCCCCAACCUGAAGGACGGACGCUUUGUGGGACCCGGCGGUCAACCUACCCCGUACGCCACCACCCAGCUCAUCCAGUCCUCCAUCGUGGGCAACAACAUGAACUCAGACAGGACAGGUGGCAGCGGAGGAGGACUGGGGGGAAUGGGCGAGGUGAAUGACAAACCAUGCUGGAAGCCACCACCAGUGCCGCAGCAGAAGCAGGACAUGAGCUCCCAGCUGCAGUACAAUAUCAUGGAGCAGAACAAACUGAACAAGGAUCGCUAUCGUGGCGGAGACACCCACAUGCCGGCCACCAUCCCGUACAAUCACAGCCAUGACAGCCACACUGGGGGAUCGUACAACAGCUCCGACCGUGGCAGCAGUAGCACCUCAGGGAGUCAGGGUCAGAAGAAAGGCCUUCGCACUCCCAAACUACCAAAACAGAGCACAAUGAACUGGGCUGACCUUCUGCCCCCUCCCCCUGUGAACCCACCCCCAACCAGGAAUGCAGAAGAAUACUCUUUAUCAAUGGAAGAAAGCUGUGACCCCGACAUGCAGUGCCCAGUGCCCCCCUCCCACAUGUACCUGCAGCCCGACGAGCUGGAGGAGGAGGAGGAGAUGGAGAGAGGACCGACACCACCCAUCCGGGGGACGGCCUCCUCUCCAGCCGCCGUCUCUUACAGUCACCAGUCCACGGCGACGCUCACGCCCUCACCUCAGGAGGAGAUGCAGCCCAUGCUGGCGGAGAGUCACGACCGCAGCGACGGUCACGACCGCAGGCGCCACGGUGUGAGCCCCCCUCCCCCUCCACGCCCCCACUCCCCCUCGCACACCUACAGCUACAUCUCAAGCCCCCUGGCUCUGGACACCGACGGCAUGGAGGAGGAAGAGGAGGAGAUUCUGGAGGAAGACGAGGAGGGGGACGACACGGACGCAGAGAUGGCCAAGAUGCACUAUCAUCACACCCACUCCCACACACACCCCCACCACCCACAGAUGCACCCGCGCCGGUUGCUCCUGCGAGGGCUGGAGCAAACGCCGGCGUCCAGCAUGGGGGACCUGGAGAGCUCGGUGACCGGGUCCAUGAUAAACGGCUGGGGCUCUGCCUCUGAGGAGGAUAAUGUCUCUUCGGGGAGGUCCAGCGCCGUCAGUUCCUCCGACGGAUCCUUCUUCACCGAUACCGACUUUGCUCAAGCUGUAGCCGCAGCCGCUGAGUACUCGGGUAUCAGGGUGGCCAAGUAUCCCAAUGCACAACCGGGACAAGACGUCGGAGGAGCCCCACCACGCAAAUACCAAAUAAACACUUCAGGCCACCGCCCCGGCAGCCCGGUGUCCACGGACUCCAACAUGAGCAUGGCAGCGGUUCACCGGAGGCCCCCCAAGAAGCAGAAGCAGCAUCUAGCUGGGCAUGCGGGGAACCAGAGGCGCGACGUUUUUACCGAAGAUCUUCCACCGCCACCCAUCCCACCUCCAGCUGUGCUCAAGUCUCCAACGCACCCCUCCAAAGCGGGCCUUGAGGGCCGGGGCGUGAUCUCCCCCAAAGCGGGCGAAGGCCGAGACAAGAGAGGCGGCAGCGGAGGCUACCGGCAGAGAGACGGCUCAGACACCAGAAACAGCUCCUCUGAGCGGAAAGACAUGCAGGAGAGACAGAAGAACGCUCACAGUGCCAAAGGGAACAAACACGACGGCAGCAAGGCGCGCCAGCACGGAGGUUCUGAAGACAUCCCGCCCUACAGUCGACCACAGUUCCCAAUAGUCAAUAGUCCUCGUGACCCGAGCUCCUCCAGCUCCAUGUCGUCCCGGGGCUCUGGAGGCCGGAGGAGAGGAGAAGGAGGCCGGAGGAAUCCUGCAGACGCCGGCCUCAACGCCACGGGGGCCUUCGGAGAUGAAGAGCUGGAGAUGGUGGAAAGCUGAAGAAUGAAGAAGCGCAACCGUCCGGACUUGUCCUCGGAGGGUCGGACCGCCGGCGUCUCUCCUCCGGCUCAGUAUUUCACCGUCAUGUCGGCUGCUGUGUUUCUUCACAUCCGGAGGACAAACGUUUGUUUCUAACUCAUUUUCCACUCGUCCGUUUGGGUAACAGGAAAGUGAUUCAAAAGCCGAAUGCACACGCGGAUAUUUAUGUUCGAUUCCAAAUGCAAUAUGGAGCAGACUUCUGCUCCUCAUAUUGACUUGACGAGCCCAAACAGUUACUGUAUGAAAAUAGAAAGAAAAAAAAAAAAAAAGAGCAGCGAGCAGAGUGGGGCGGUUGUAAAUAUACAUGUACACAUGAUGUCUCUUGUUUAACCCGUCGUGGUCCCAGACUUGUCUUCCUUUCUUUUUCCUUUCAGCCGAUUCUAAUUUUAUUAAGCCAGUAAAUAUAAAUAUUUUAUCAUUUCCACCAUGUUGUAAAGUGAUCUAUUAUUUAGCUCCGCCCCCUCCAGGAAGAAAGAAGUGCCACUUUUGGGAUUUUUUUUUUUUUUUGUAAUGCACUGUUCAGUUUUGUGUUGUUGUCAAUGUUUGUUUUACUUUGGUUUUAAAAGCACAAUCACUAAACUUUAUUUUAAACCAUUUUAUCGAUUAACCUUUUUGUCUUACUGGAGGAAAACAGGUCAGACAAAAGAGUCGGGUUCGCUCGACGAUGUUGCUGUUUACGAAGGCUUUUGCUUGAAAGGAGACUGAGCUCCCGCCCCCUCAGGGUCCCGACGUCAGCGAUGUGGUCGCCGCGGUGUCUUGCUGAAGUCGCGACACCUCAGCUACGCCGGAAACACGAACCAAGGUUCUGUCGUCUGCUCAUGCACUUAAACGAAUGUCACUCGCUCCGGGGACCCGAGGGGUCGGGACAGUUCCAGUCUCCUUUCACGACAAAAUGAGGGGCGACCCGUCCCCCGUUUGUUUGGGUUCUGUUUCGUUUUGUAAAAGGAGCAAGGGUGCUGUUGUUAAUUCAUCGGACAUCUGCAAACAUUUGUUUCGUAAAUGCAAAAACAGUGAAAAGAACUUGGAAAAAAAAGAAUGAAUAAAAAGUUCAAAUUAAAAAAGGCUGCUUUUGUU